CGUCCUGUUUUUGACUUGAAAGUGUCCAUAAUCACACAUUUAGGUUAAAUGUUACUGCAAUAAAACUCAACUUGGUAUUAGGCUCCACUGUCAAAGAAAAAGAAAGAAAUUAAAUGAACGAAAGAGUUCUGAAAGUGAAGAGCUGAGAAAAUAACAAGACUCGCCCGUUUGAGGAGCGACAUAACAAAUGUCUCAAAGCAUCUGUCGUGCACGCGCGGUGUUCUGACGAGAGCGCGCAAAACAUCCUAAAAAUCUUCCGAAGCGCGAAAAGCACUUCAGUAUCAAUGCGCUCCUGGACAAGCCGGACAAUCUGAGGAUGACCAGAAUACAGAUAUUAACCUUCCACGUUCUUCUGAUGCUCCUUUACAUUCCUAUCUCAGCUCCUGUUACUGUGACAACAAGCAGACCAAAAGUAGAGGUGCAUGAAAACACAAAUGCUGUACUGUCUUGUGAGUUCAGGACAGAAAAAGAAACCAACCCUCGUGUUGAAUGGAAGAAGAGAGGCAACGAUGUUUCAUAUGUUUAUUUUGAUGGCGAAUUCACAGGUUCAUUUAGGGGCCGUGCGUCCAUCGAUGGGGCAACAGUGACCCUUCGUGGUGUUACACAGAAAGACUCAGGAGUUUACCUCUGUGAAGUCACAGCCCGUCAGGACAAAAUCAAGUUGGGGGAGGCCACUGUCACCCUCAAUGUGCAUGUGCCGCCACAUACUCCAUCAUGUGAGGUCCCAGAGACGGUCAUGAGAGGCUUUUCUGUGGAGCUGCACUGCAAAGACAAACUGAGUGUUCCCGCUUCCACCUACAGCUGGUACAAAGACAACAAGUUGCUUAAUACUGCCCAUCUCCCUGAAAUAAACUACAGCCUGGACCCCAAAACAGGGACUCUGAAAUUCAAGAGUGUGUCCAAAUCUGAUGAGGGACAGUAUCGAUGCGAGGCCUCCAAUGGGGUGGGGGCACCAAAAAGCUGUGCAGGCCAACAUAUGAAGAUAACAGAAUUUGAGCUGAACCUGACAUUAGUUAUAGCAGUAGGAGUGGGCGCCUUCUUGCUCUUUCUCUCGUGCUGUCUGGCCAUCUGUCUGUGUUGCAGACGAGGGUGCUGUCGUCGCAAGAAUAAGGGAGAGACAAAACAAAGCAGAACUAAGACCAACUAUAACCCUCCAACAGAUCCCAGGCACUACAAACACACGCAAUCCUUUGUGCUUUGAAGAGGGUGAACACAUAUCUGUGAUGACCAGAGUUUGUAUUUCGACAGUGCCUUGCUGUAUCCUCUUUUCUGCUUACAUGUUUCAAACACUGGAGGAAACGUGUCUCAGAAAUGAAUUUUAAUGGAGCUGCAGUUCUUAUUUAUUAUUAAAACUGAUGAGCUGAGUUGAACGAUCAAGUGCUCCUCUAUCAUUGAGCAGAGAGACACGCCCCCCCUGGUGGCAAUGUUUGAUUCGGAUCUAAACAAUCCACAACAUACCCAAGUCUAAUUGCAGAUGUUUCACUUGUACUGUUGUAAAAAGCUUAUUUAUAAAUUUCAAUAUUGAAGUAUACAUUAAUUUUAGGCAAAAUAAGUAAUAUUUUUGAUGCUUCAUCUGUUUUGAACAGCUUGGAAUUUUCAUCAUAAUUUUCAUCUUAUACAGUAACAUAUUAUCUGUACUGAUAUUGUUUUAAAAUCAUUAAGAAUUUAAAUGUAGAAAUGUAGACCACCACAGAUAUGGUGGUCCAAUUGAUUUGAGAAGUAACAAGCUUGACUUGUCUCAGGAUGUGUCAGUGAAGUGUAUUAAUCAUGCAGAAUUUUAUUUGAGUUCACCUUACUUUGUUUCAGCACAUAUUUCUUUACCAAGAGUUGUCACUAGUUGUCUAAUGGUGAGGAUGUCAUUUGCUUGUUAUUAAAGGGAUAGUUCACCCAAAAAUUAUCUCAUCAUUUUCUAACCCUCAAGCCAUUUCAGCCCUGUAGAUCUUCACAAUGCAAGUGAAUGGGUACCAACAUUUUGAAGCUCAAAAUAACACAUAAAGACAGCAUAAAAGUAAUCCAUAACACUGAAGUGGUUUAAUCCAUGUAUUCAGAAGUGAUAUGAUUGGUGUGGGUGAGAAACAGAUCAAUAUUUAAAGGGCACCUAUUAUGGAAUUUUGAAAAUUACCUUUCAUGUAGUGUGUAACAUAGAUUUAAGUGAACAAAAACAUCCUGCAAAGUUUUAUAUAUGAAAGUUCACCGUAAAAAAAGUUAUUGUCUCUCAAAAGUAGGAGUCGACUCUAAGUCAAUGUAAUGAAUCGUUUUUCCAAUGAGUCAUUUUCCUUUUCGUUGUGACGUCAAGACGAAAAAUUACCAAAUUGGCCGCGCCCACUCAUUGCGCGCAGACACCAGGGAAAACUUGAAAAUAUCAUGUCGACAACAAGACGCUGUGUUCUGAAGUGCAUAUCAAAAGCGACCUUUUUUCACUGCCCAGGGACGAGCAUGUGAAGAAUCAGUGGCUAGAGUUUAUAUUUACAACUAUACCACACAAGUAUAGCCCGAACCUUGUGCUGUGUUCGCGUCAUUUUAAUGACGAUUGCUUUACAAACAUGAAUGCUUUCAAGUGUGGAUUCGCGAGCCGGUUGAUACUGAAGGAAGGUUCAGUACCAAGUUUAUUUGGAUCAGCUUCCUCCUCCGAAUCACAACCUGUAAGUAUUAUUAAUAAUUGUUGCUUUUAUGUGUUUUUUAGCAUGCUUAAUAAGUAUUUGUGUGUGUUGUGUACGUUACGCUCAGCGCAGCUUCAAGGUCUCCAAUGUCAAUUUUUAUGAAAUAUGUGAAAUGUUUGUCGAUGUUAUUGGAGUUGUCAUAAAGAAUAGAGCAAUAACUUGUAGUAAUGCAGUGCUUUAUCAAUAUGUUUAUGCGUUGGGCUAACGCAAACAAUAACUGAUUGGGUGUUUACCACCGAACUUUGGGCUAUGAUCGCUAACAUAAAUCAACUCAAAUUCCUUCUCUGAUUUUGAUUUUUUUACUACAAAGCGGUGAUGGCCGUUCCAUUUCCGACAAUCUCUGCACAGAGUAUACCAAUCACAACUGACUGGGUCAUCUGACCAAUCACCGCAGAUUAGCGUCACGCAAAGGAGGGGUUUGGAAAAAUGAGUCGUUGAACGAAUCAUUUGGGAGUCGGUGAGCAAAUCAGGUAAACAUAAAUGCAUAUUAUAAGACAACAAAAGUGUUUUUUGUCAUUGCAUGCAUGUAAAACUGUUGUUGGGGACUCCCAAAACAAUAUUAGGAACAUUUUAAAUGCCAUAAUAGGUGCCCUUUAAGUCCUUUUUUAAUAUAUAUUUUUCUCCCUGCCCAGUAGGUGGCAAUGUGCACAAAGAAUGUACAUCACUAAAAACAAAAGAAGAAUGUAAAAGUGGAGAUUUAACAAAGCACUUAAAUAUUAAUAAAUUUCACACCCACACUUAUAAUUUCGCUUCUGAAUAUAUAGAUUUAAUCGCUGGAGUCAUAUUGAUUUCUUUUAUUGGAGCUUCAAAAUGUUGGUACUGAUUCACUUGCAUUGUAAGGACCUAUGGAGCAGAAAUAUUAUUUAAAAAUCUUUGUUUAUAAGAAAUAAAUUCAUUUACAGCUAGGAUGGCAUGAGGGCGAGUAAAUUAUGAGAGAAUUUAAAUUUUUGGGUGAACUUUUCCUUUAACAUCUACUAGACACAGAUACUUAUUUUACCAUUUAUUUGAUUUGCUGUUACUCAAAACAAACCAACAGUCCCUCUCUUCAAAAACUGUGGAUGUUAGAUAGCAAAGUUGUUCUAUGGACAAACAAUUGUUUAUGUUGUUUUUACAUGUUUCACAAUAGUGUAUUUGCCAGUGGUUCCAAGUGGGAAAGACUGGGUUCAGUGCAAGCUCCAGAAAUUAGAUGAAGUCUAUAUCAAUAAGAAAAUAUUUCUUUAAAAUAUCACUUAAUACUAUCAGUAUAUAUUUAAAAACCUACAUAACCCAUUGCAGCUCUGGUAUUGGUGUGUGUAAAGUCAAUGUAAAAUUCAUUGAUUCAAUGCAAAAUCUAGUGGUCAUUUUAAAUAGACUUGGUCACGUGAUAUAGAUUGCUGCCAUACACAUAUAUAUUUUUUUUACACAGAUGACGUGAAUGUAGCAUUAACUUUCAAUGUUAAAUAA